GGGUGGGUGCCUCUUUUGCAGCAGGAGGAGGUGCUGCGCUCUGCUUCCCCAUCCCGGAGCUUUGGUUCCUCCCACCCAGGUGUCUGUGGGGGACGUUGGGUGAGCCCAUUCCUGGGACGCAGGGGGUUGGAACUGAGCUUGGCCCCUUCGGCGGUGGGCGGAGCCUGGGCCUGGGAGGGGAACUGGGUCCUGGAACACCCAGCCUCGAGGCGGGGGUCGGUGGGAGUUUGGGUGGCAGUGCACCUAUCUUCCCACCUCUUAGUGCGUCGGUUCCGUCCGGCCAGCUAUCCGUGCAGGUAGGUAGGUGGGGUUCCAGAUGGAGUAUAUGCUGGGAGGAGGCGCUUGAUUUUAGGAUCGGGAUUUGAAUCCUCAUUUGAGCUGGCGGUUUGUGUGUGUGUGUGUGUGUGUGUGUGUGUGUGUGUGUGUGUGUGUGUGCGCGCGCGUACCUGUCCGUCCGUCCGUCCCUAGGUCUGUCUGCUGUCCACUAUGCCGCUGCCUGUUGCGCUGCAGACCCGCUUGGCCAAGAGAGGCAUCCUCAAACAUCUGGAGCCCGAGCCAGAGGAAGAGAUCAUUGCCGAGGACUAUGAUGAUGACCCGGUAGACUAUGAGGCCACCCGGUUGGAGGGCCUGCCACCGAGCUGCGGGCUCCCUUACUACUGGAAUGUGGACACAGACCUCGUGUCCUGGCUCUCCCCACAUGACCCCAACUCCGUCGUUACCAAAUCUGCCAAGAAGCUCAGGGCAAGUAAUGCAGAUGCUGAGGAGAAGGUGGAUCGGGGCCAUGAGAAGUCAGACCGAGGCCACGAGAAGUCGGACCGGGGCCACGAGAAGUCGGACCGGGGCCACGAGAAGUCAGACAGAGACCGGGAGCGUGGUUAUGACAAAGUGGACAGAGAGAGAGAGCGGGACAGGGAUCGGGAUCGGGAUCGUGGGUAUGACAAAUCAGAGCGGGAAGAGAGCAAAGAACGGCGCCAUCAUCGCAGGGAGGAGCUGGCGCCCUACCCCAAGAGCAAGAAGGCGGCAAGCCGGAAGGAUGAAGAGUUAGACCCCAUGGACCCCAGCUCGUACUCGGAUGCACCCCGGGGCACAUGGUCAACAGGACUCCCCAAGCGGAAUGAGGCCAAGACGGGUGCAGACACGACAGCAGCGGGGCCCCUCUUCCAGCAGCGCCCCUACCCAUCCCCAGGGGCUGUGCUCCGGGCCAACGCCGAGGCCUCCCGAACCAAGCAACAAGACUGAACCUCCCCGACUCGCCACCCCACUGCUCCCCGGUAUUUUUAAUAAAGCUUUUCGAUGGAUCGUG